AUGGCGACGGUCAAUUGUGACAAAGCUUCGAAAGAAGAUGAUACAUGUAUCAAUUUUGACCGAAAUAAGACGGAAUUUGACCUUAUCAAAAAAUUAGGAAGCAUUGAUAUCCACAAAUACUUUACACUUACGGAAGAAAUUAAAAAAGCGACUCAAGAAGUCCACAGUUUGCGUGAAAACAACAAAAAUCUUCAACAAAGCAUAAAUCAAUUUAAAGAACAAAAUUGGUAUAUGCAUUAUUGUCAUGCGAAGCAAUCUUACGACACGAAGAUGCAAGAAUAUUCAAAACUCCACGCAAUUUACGAUGAGCUUUUAAAAAACCACAAUCAAAUACGCUCCGUUUACGAUCAAUUGAUUAAAGAAAACAAAGAGCUUAAGAUCGUUGCAGAAAAAAACACCAUAGAAUUACAAAAUAAGAAAGAAACUUGGGAACAAGAUAACAAGAAGAAUCAAGAAAUAAUCAAGAAUUUGAAUGUGGAGGUUGAAUCUUUGAAAUUAGAAGCGAUUCAAUAUCAAUCCGCUCUCGGCAAUGCAAUUAAUGUUCGUUGGGACGAUGAAGAUCCGAACAAUUCUGUUAAUAUUACCAAAGAUAUUCGUAAACUUCAAGAUGCCUUAUCUGAUUUCACUUUUCUCAAGGGGAAAGCGUAUGUUAUCAACAAAUACAAUAUCCAACAAUUAUUUAAUAUAAUGAAGACGAGAGCUGACGUAGCUCAUAAACCUUCAGUCAGUGCGGCCUUGCAACAUUUGGCGGUCAAAAAAAUCACAAAAUAUUACAGUGAACAGAUGCAAGAUAGAAACCGUAUAUAUUAUUCCAACGAUAACAAAACCCUCGAAAAAAGGCUCGUUUCAUGUGUGGAUAAUUUAGCUCAAAUGGUUAAAGAGUUUACUGAGACUCGAGAAGGAAGUGAUAACAUCACUGGAAUUACAGAAAUCAAAGUCCGUCAAGAAAUCUAUGCUAUGUUGGGGAAUAGAGGCUUCGGAUAUAAAGGAUGUCGAUUUAUAUACGAUUUAAAAAGAGGACUCCUUAAGACGUUGGAUAAUUAUCGAUCAAUCAGCGAUAAGAACAUAUCUAAAGAGCAAGAAGAUCGUGCAGAAGAAAUUGUACUUAGUGUUAUCCGUAUUUUCAGUUUUCGUCUUUUAACUCAAGAACCAUCCGCUGCUUUUCGAUGGUUCGAGAAUGGAGAGCCUUUGAAUGAAACGUUAAUGGAAUGGGUUUCAACAGGCGAAGAUGAAACGAACAUGGUUGUCGAUAUUUGUGCAUUUCCAGCAAUCGGAGUCUACCUCGAUGAUCCUACAAAAUGGCAAAUUUACACCAAAGCUAAAGUACAAAUUUGCAACUCAACAAAAAAGCCAUCAAACGUCCCUCAAGAAGGCAUUAUACAUAUGUGGAAAACUUAUACCAAUUACAGCAUAAAAUAG